GUGGGGGCUUUCGCCUGAUGUCAUUGGGACAGACGUGAGAGCUGCGUUUACGCCACUGUUUCUCAUGCUCCGGCGGCGUAUUCUUGCAUUUUCGUCCCUUUUACGCUCACACAGCGCUCUUGCACCUCCUCAGGCUGGAUUUUGACGUGUUUUGGGAAUGAAGGAGAUGAUGCGGCGGCGCUCGUACAGAUGCGCGUGCAGCUGAGGAGAAAGAUGGACAGAAACACCGUCGACGAAAACGGCCCGAAACCGCUUUAACACGGUUUCUCCUCCACUCUCGCUCAGAUCUCGCCGUUUAGAGCUUGUGUAACAUGGACGUGUGGAUAUCGAGGACGCCAAACAACAAACCGUGAGGCUCUGUAGCCCGUUAGCUCCUCACAGAAGAACACCGCAUUGGAUGAAGAUGGAGAAACAGCCCUGAACUGCUAUCAGGAGGAAGAUCAGGGACUGAACCUGGUCUUAAGGCCGUUUAGGCUGCUGGACUUCUAGCCAUAUCAUAUCAUAUAUCAUAUAAACCAUAUCAUGCAGCCACACUUGAGCCCUUAAUCGUUUACUGUGUGAUUUCUAGAGAGAGGUUUGCUCCGUUCUUCAGUCACACAUAACCAGAUAACCUGAGAUGGAUAAACUCACCAUUAUUUCAGGAUGUCUCUUUCUGGCUGCGGAUAUAUUUGCUAUAGCGAGCAUUGCCAAUCCAGAUUGGAUCAACACUGGCGAGUCAGCAGGAGCUCUUACAGUGGGACUGGUGCGUCAAUGUCAGACCAUUCAUGGACGAGACCGAACCUGCAUUCCCCCACGACUUCCACCAGAGUGGGUCACCACACUCUUCUUCAUCAUCAUGGGCAUCAUCUCCCUCACGGUCACUUGCGGACUGCUGGUGGCCUCUCAUUGGCGCAGAGAAGCCACGAAGUAUGCAAGAUGGAUUGCGUUCACAGGAAUGAUCUUGUUUUGUAUGGCUGCACUCAUCUUCCCAAUAGGAUUUUACAUCAAUGAAGUUGGGGGACAACCCUACAAACUCCCCAACAACACAGUGGUGGGCUCCUCAUAUGUACUGUUUGUGCUUUCCAUCUUCUUCACAAUAGUGGGGCUCCUGUUUGCGGGGAAAGUCUGCCUUCCUGGCUGAGCGGAUGUUCCCAGCAUGGACAGCUGGGGUGUUCAAAGCGAAAAAUGCAACUAAACGGCACUCAAAUUGGAGUGGUAUCUCCUGGGGAUGAAAUAAUAUAUUGAAAUAACUCCAAGCAACCAAGACAAUUAAUGCUCACUACACAUUAGUGCUCCCCUUUGCGUGACCUAUGCUUCUUUAAAUCCCGUCUUUUUGUUGCACGUCCUACGGAUUUGGCCAUUGAAGUAAGCGGGGCCAAUCUGAAAUGGAAUGAGUGCAUCGGUGGUAACCACAGCAGCUGCUUCCACCACAGUUUUGUUUUUGUUGUUGUUGUUCAAGGAAUUAUCUUCUAUUCAUUCAAGUUCAGAGUUUAUACAUGGAUUUCACCCCCUGUGAAGAAAUGCGACUCUCAGCGGCCCAAGAGCUGGCCAGGACAUUGCACUGUUACAAAUAAGGGAAAGGAAAAAGAGAACAGUAUUAAAAACUUUUUGCUCAAACACUACAUGAGGUGAAAGCACCAGGACUGCCGGUCAGGACCCUGCAAGGCUGUGCCUCACUGUUUCACCUGUUACACUCUCUGACAUUGAUGGAUGUGGCUCUGAAUCCUGUCUGCCCUCACUUGAGCAUGGGGACGUCCAGUUUGUGGUUUGACUUUAUACCCAAUCAUCUUGUCAUGAUUGCUAGAUUUUCAAAACCCUUUACUUGUUUGGUUUGAUUUGGUACUGUGCCAUAAACCUGUUUUGUUUGUAUGAACGCAAAGGGCGUGAGUUUGGGUUCAGUUUUAGGAAGAACUACAGAUGUACAAAAAGAGAACUCCUUACCUCAUUAUUUUGCAGUUUAAACUAUUUUCCCCCUUUCUAUGACCAAAUGUGUGCCCUGUAAGUUAUAUUCUGCCUUGAUCACGGACAUUUGAUUAAAAUGCUGCGAUUAUGGUACAUUAUUUAGCUGACACUGAAUAAAAGGAGAUUAAGAAUGAUUGUUUAUAUCAACCCUCUCUUUAUUCUCUUUCUCAAACGAUCCCUAUAAUGGAAAACAAAAAUGAACUGUCAAGAGUGUAUCUUUACCAUGGAACAAAAUCAGAACUGUUUAUUUAUAAUUGUUGUAUAAUAUGAAGGUUACAUUUCCCCAGAAGUCGUUGUUUAUUUCAUUAAAAUAUCCUCUGUGUGUUUUUGAUUUGAAUGUGCUUUGGUUUUUGUUUUAUAAUAAUCCAUUAAAAGGGAUAGUUUACCCCUAAAUUAAAAUUCUGUCAUCUCACCCUCAAGCUCCCUUUUGAUAGUCACAUGGAGAUGAUAUGCAGAAUGUUAGUCUCAGACACCAUUCACUUUCAUUGCAUCAUUUUCUUCCAUCAAGUUGAGUAGAAUUAUUGAUUUACUGAUUAAUCACGAUAAGGGACGUUAAUGAAUAAUCAUUGAUUUGAUUAUUUUUCAUGAAUAAUUUGAUCGAUAAGCUUGUUAAUCGUCGUUUAAUCAAUUUCAGCACAAAUAUGUUCAGUAAUUUUGUCAGCAGAUAGAGAAAAGACACCUCUAUACAGUCAUCCACCACUAGAAGGCGCACUGCCACUUGCGUGCUGCAUGUCACGUGCUGUCAGCAACACAGAAGCGACACAGAUGCGGGAUGAAUGCGGUCAUUGGCUGUGUCUCGUUUGGAAGGCUGAGUCCUACAGAGGAUGCAUUUGUCUGCUGCAUACGUCAUCGAGGCUGUCUCGCAUCAUAAACGCGAGUAGGACACUUCGAAUGCGACCUUCUUUCACUGGAAUUUGGAGGAUGCAUGAGGUGUAUCCUUCGUGGGCACUCGCAACCCACAAUUCUUUGCUUCAACGGAAAUGUCUAAAAAACAUUACGCCAAAUUUGCCCGUAAAUAUGAUGUAUAUGAAGUAAUGUUAAUUCUCAAUUUGAAGUACCUCAGUAGAUGAGUGCAGAGGAUAUAAUAUGUAUAAUUAUAUUAAUAAAAAUAAAGUAUUAGACCUAAAGUGCACCUGUAAAAUCUAUUUUCUUUUCUCUUUACAUCAUUAUUACUCAAAUAAUAUGUAUCUCAUACAUUCCCUUCUGAUGGGACUUUGUUCCCCUCUCACUAAAAGCAUUAACGGCGUGCUGUCAUAGCAACCAUGUUAUUUUCCGUUUCCGUUUGUCCUACAAAGGCCGCCUUGUUUAAACGAGACUUGUUUAUAGGAGGACGCUCGAUAUACUGCAGCCUUCGAAACAAGACAGCCAUGGAGUGUUUCUCUAUAGGUGGCCAUUACGUCUACUGCAUAAAUUGUGAUGUGUAUGAAAUUACAACAUGUCAACAAACAUUGAUCACAUCAGUUUUUGCCGGGUUGAAUUCACAACCAGCCUGAAUGCAUUUAAAUACACUAAACUGAAAAUACGAAUUCUCGCAUUAUAUAAGUGUAUUUAUUUUUUUAAAAAAAAUAAACCGCUGUUUCAUGUUUUCACGAAUCCUUCUACAGUAAGGAAUGUUUCUCAGAUGCAAUGCUGAUGUUUUUAAGUUUGCAUUAGAAAGGUUGUUCAGUCAAAAAGCUAACUUUGUAUAAAUAAAGCUUUGCUGAGGAAAAAUAUUUGUCUUUUAUUUGACUAUUUUUAUAUUUUCAAGCAAUUCGCCACUUUUUUAUUAUUCUAUUUUAUUCACUUGUUUAUUAUUGUUAUUGUUAAUGAUGAAUACAUUUUCAUUCAUUACCAUUAACGAUUGUCCAUUAAGAAAAUUUCUUAAAAUUUGCAUCCCUAAUCACGGUCUAUAUUUGAAUGAUACCGAUAUCGAAUCUUAAAAUCCCAAGAUCAGUCUUUUACUCUUUGAUAACUGGCUGAUAAAUAUCACUAUAUUAGAGGUCGACCGAUAACUAAGUUGGUGGAAAAGGCUGAAAACCGAUUAAUCGGCUGAAAGUUUUUAGAAAUUGAGUUAUUAAAUAUUUAAACAUCUUAUAGCCUUUGCGUCUGUGUAUUUAUAAGAGUACGAUAUGAGUAAAAUCUCAGAUGUGCACUUGUUGUACAUCGAAAAUCACAAUAAUUACCAGAAAAAGAUUUGAUGCAUAACAAUAAACAAGCCCAGAAUACACCGGGUACUUUUAUUUUGAAAUGUCUGUGCUUCCAGUUCACACAAACACACAAGUGAAACAAAACUCUACAAAAUAUUACAAUAAAAUAAACAUUGUCAUAUGGGUUAAUAAAUACUGUGAGCAGUAGUAUAUACUGUAUACAGUAGGUCGACAUUCAUCAAUAGUAGAUAAUGAGCGAUCGCUUGUUAAUUGUCAUGUGUCUUUUUUAUAACAUUUUGCUUUAAUAAUCAUAAUUUUUUUUUUUAAAUUACAAGGUCACUAUCAGCAUUCGUUUUUGCAGAUAAUCGUUAGUUCCAAAUGCAUUUAUCGGCACCGAUUAAUCUGUAAAACCGAUUUGUUGGUUGACUUCUACACCAUUUAUAGUUACAUUUAAAUUUUUUAUAUGUGAUAUAUUCUUAUUCGAGACAUAUUUAUUGAUUAAAUACUUGAAAUUUGUACAUUUUUAGAAAGCUAAAAUGGUGCCAAAAUUAUGCAAAAAUAAUGAUAAAAUUUGUAUUUUCAUAAUUUUAGAUGGCCCCCUUGAUAAUUGACCGCAGUAGCUGAGAGAAUUUUAUUUAAUAUGUUAGCAAAAUGGACAUUAUAACAGAAAGAUACCCAAAUGAAUCGGAAUUGAAUCAGAAAAUCUGUAUCAAAACUAGAGGCAGUCCGAUAUAUCGGUUUUACCAAUUAAUCGGUACCGAUGGUUUUUUUUUGUAACUCAUCAGCCAAAUCUGUGCCGAUAGUUGCUGAUAGUUUUUUAAUAAAUUUGUCAUUUAAAAAUAAGAGUCCCCAGUGUGUUUUAGGCUUAUUUAUACUUAAAAGUCCUGCGUUAUGCACCAAAUCUGGGAUUUUAUUUAUUUAGGAUUGUGCCCGUAAUAUUGUCUGUGCCUGUAAUAGUAAGUUAAAUCAAUCGGCUGAUUAUGAAAAAUGACCGAAUCCGAUCCGAACGUAAUGAUAGGAUGUCAUUCCUGUUUGUCAAUAUAUAUUUGCAUACCACCGCGCAACUCGUUCACGCAGACAAUCGCACGUCAUCAGCGCGGGUUCCUUGACCGUGUGUGUGUGUGUGUGUGUGUUCAUGUGUGAUUGAGGAGGCGUGGCUUUGGAGACACCUCUGAAGUGAGGGCGGGCUCUAUGCUUUCAAAGCUCACUUGCUAACUGCUAGCUUCUCUGGAUUACACACCCUAGCUUUAAUCGGUUAUCGGCCUUUCCCACCACCUUAGUUAUCGGUAUAUGCAAAAUCCACUAUCCACUCCUAAAUGAAAGUGAAUGGUGACUAAGGCUGUCGUUCUGCUUAAUAUUUCAUGUUUGCUCAAUCAGUCAGUCAUAUGUUUUUUCUGUGAGGGCGAGUAAAUGAUGACAGAAUUUUCAUUUUUGGGCCAUCUUCUUUUCUAAAUUAAUUUAAUCAACGCUUUGGAAGACUGCACUUUCCUUGGAAAAUGUAUGUUAGUUAUAUGGACAGCAAAAAGAUACAAGUAUAUUUAUUCAAAUUGCAUUGAUUCUCAUGAAUGUAUGGGGCAAAAGCAUAUUCUCUUGGACUGAAGAAUUAUAAAAGAUGUGUUUAUAUUAGAAAUAACACAAAAGAAAAAGACUAAUUAAACUCUAAUAAGCAUUCAGGCAAGAGUUGUACAUGACUUUUGGCAAAGGUGCGUCACUCCUCGUAGCACUGGGACCUAAAUGAAUGUGAACUGUGAGAACAUCGGUUGGCCGCAGUGGAAGACGUCGCCUCCAUCCUACAGACUGAUCCUGCUUAGGAUGUUUCUUUUUUUAACCCAUCAUAAAAUUGAAAAAAGUGACAUUUGCUUAUAUGGUAAUAAAAGCUAUUAAAAAGGGAAGAAUGCAAAUGUAUGAGUGACAGUAUUAUUUAUCUUAGGAUGUUAGUGGUCCUUGUGCACAGUUACUGUUAACAGAUUCAUAACAGAGCUGUUUUCUCUGCUUCUCUUUGUUUUGAUAUCUCUCUGUAUACAAUAAAAGGCAUAA